AUGUCAUCUAUCAACAGCCAGAAGGUCUACUCUGACCAAAAAAACAGUCGAGAUAAGAGAUGUACCUCUCCUACACAGAAUGUCACUACCAACACACCUUAUAUUCAAAUACUACAAGGACGUGAUGGUCGUGAUGGCAUACAAGGUCCUCCUGGACCAGCUGGUACACCUGGAAGAGAUGGUACCAAUGGUAAAGAUGGAAUGAAAGGCAACAAAGGAGAACGAGGACAACAAGGGCCUCCAGGACCAAGAAAUGGAGGUGUGGUCUUUACUAGAUGGGGACGUACCACCUGUCCUACAACCAAUGAUACAGAAUUACUCUACAAAGGGAAAGCUGCAAGUAGUUCUCAUGACCAAACUGGAGGUGGAGCUAACUACAUUUGUCUACCAAUCAACCUGAGUUUUUAUCAUACAUGCCUGGUGUUCAUCAAUAUCAGUCAUUAUAUCUAUGGAGUAGAGUAUGAAACUUACGAAAAUGGUCCCUUAGCUUCAAUUCACGAUCAUAAUGCCCCCUGUGCUGUAUGUUAUGUUGUUUCUACUAGAGUAUCAUAUCUGAUGAUACCAGCAAAGGUUACAUGUCCAUUAACAUGGACCACAGAAUAUCAAGGUUACCUCAUGGCUGAGCUCUUUAGCCACAAACAUAAUGCAGUCUAUGUGUGUGUUGAUAAAGAUCCUGAAUCUAUUCCAGGAAGUGGUGCUAACACUAAUGGUGCUUUAUUCUAUCAUGUUCAAGCUCAAUGUAAUGGACUUCUCUGUCCUCCAUAUGAUAAGGAGAAGGAGCUAGCCUGUGUGGUGUGUACCAGGUGA